AACCAUGUAGCAAAAGCAUUAGAGUCCCUUAAGGACUGCAAAGACGAUCAAGAGUCCCUGCGCAGGAAGGUAGAAACCUGGAAACAGAAUUCUCCAAGCAGCAAGUUUUUCUACCGCACAAGAGAUAACGCUUCCAGAAACGAUAUUCCUCCAAAGGAGGAUAAAAAGUUUUUGUUUGUGCAUCAAGAGCAUUGGCAACAACAAAUGCUGAUUCGUUAUAGCGGGCAAUUGUGUCUCAUGGACGCCACGUACAAAACAACAAAGUACGCAAUACCGCUUUUCUUUGUGUGCGUUCAUUCAAACGUUGGCUACAAAGUUGUGGCUGAAUUUAUAUGGCAGACGGAGACCGAAGAAGCCAUAGAAGAGGCUCUGGCUAUUAUAAAAGGAUGGAAUCCAGUAUGGAACCCAAAAUAUUUUAUGGUGGAUUACUCAUUAGCAGAAAUAGGCGCGAUAGAAAAAAGUUUUCCCGAUGUACAGGUUUAUGUUUGCGACUUUCACAGGUUGCAAGCGCUAAAACGGUGGGCUUCAGCAAGCAAGAAUGGAUUGUCAUAUGAACAGCAACAACACUUCCUUUUGCAAAUGAAGAAGAUUGCUAAUGUCAGUACCAAACAGGAGUACGACAAGGCAGUAAAAGAUUUUCGCGAAUCCAAAGUGUAUGAAUGCAAAGAAUGCAACAAGAUGAGAGAAUAUGUUGACCGUACGUGGUUUUCUUGCGCUGUGAGAUGGGCACACGCUUUUCGAAAACAGCCAGUCACCAACAUUGUUAAUACUAACAAUGGCGUUGAGGCUCAAAACAGAGUCUUUAAAUACGAAUACUUACCCCAAAGUAUUGACAAAUCUUUGUAUGGUAUUGCGGUGAUGUUGGUUGAAUCUUUAAUUCCCGAUGUUCUUCAGCACUAUUUGGAUGCAAACCUGCGACUGAGCAGCGCCAACUGCAAAUACAACCCAUCAAUCCCAGAAUACUUGCACAACAGACCUCUGCACUUUUUGAAAUGCUGCCUUAAAAAUCGAUACGCUUCAGCCAUUUACAAACAGGACGACAUAACUCUGGUUAAUUUAAAGAAGGGCACGUUCAAUGUCAAGAGCGAGAGCAAUGUUGGAAAGAAACAUUUCAUAGACUUCCGAGAACCAAGUUGUACAUGCAACAUAUGUUUUUUCUUUCUAUGA